AUGGGAACGGAGGUCCUACGUCCCCAGGACUUUUUAACCGAAAGGUUUGGAUCAGGAGGCCCGGCGGUUUUCCCUCGCCGUAAUCGUUUAUCCGCCGGUAACCCUAAGCCUUGCCGGAGAUCGGUUGCCCGGCCGGAAUCUAGAAGGCGUUCUCCCACCCCAACAAAGCCAUCGGUUUCAAGAAAGUUGAUUUCCGAUGAUUCUUCAAAAUCUUCCAAGAAUUUCGUCAUGGGACAGGUGACGAUCUUAAAGCGUGAUCUGAUCGUCUGUGGCACGGAGCGGUUGGGACCGGAUCCAGAAAUGGUCCCUAAACAGAUCCGGAUCGCGGAUCUCAAAGCAAUUCUUUCUCCGGUAGCCGUCCCUUCUGAUGUGUACGCCGGAGCUGCCUUCUCUUGCUCCCCUUCUCCAAGUAGCCUGCCAUUGCCAUCGUUUUUUAAGAAGAAAGAUGGUCUCACCAUCGUCGACGACUCCGCCACCAAAGAUCUGAGGCGUCUGCUCCGACUUGACUAG